AAGAUACACCACAAGCACAAAUCAGUGGAUUAUAUUACAGGUACUUGAGGGUGGCAACUUAAUUAUAUCAAGAAUCCAUCAAUUUUUCUAGCGAAAAAUUAUCAGUGAUUUAUAAAAUGUAUCAUUGACAAUCACAAAUCAAGAAAAUACAGAUGACUGUACGAUAAUGAGAAAUAUACGUUUUCAUUUUAUUUUGACGAUAAUAUAUUUGAUUUUGAUCAACAAUGUCGCUGGCAAGGAAAGAAUCAAAAAAAAGAAAGAUCACACGAGAAACUCGAAUAUACGACUAAAACAUCAAAUAAAUCACACGAGACAUAACAACGCCAACGAGACAAAAAGACAAUUCAUAACAAGACCACGUAUACGAUAUUUUGGUAACAGACCUUACAUAUGGAUGAAACCAGCACCAUUGACGCAAAGAACGAUUGUAACAACACAUAUACCUCGACCACCAUUAGCACUACCUUACUCCUCACGUAUCAUGAACAUUUUAGCUAGCAAAUAUCCAUCCUUAUACAAUAAUAGACAGAUGACAACACGACAAUAUGCAUAUCCUGGUGAAGCACAAGAAACCAUGUUUAAUCCUGCAUUUCAUUUAAAUGGCGAGGUAAAUCCUCUAGUAGAAGAUCUUGAUGCACACUGUGAGCUAAAUCCUUGUCAAAAUGGAGGAACUUGUAAUGAGAUCAAAGAAGGUUAUGAAUGUAUAUGCCCAGCAGGGUUUAAAGGAUCAGACUGCGAAGAGGAGAACCAUUGUCAUCCAAAUCCAUGUAGAAACGCAGGCGUCUGUACCGAAGCUGAUGGAGCAUUUGUAUGCACGUGUAGUGAAGGAUUUAAAGGAGUAAAUUGCGAAGAACAUAAUAAAUGUCAACCUAACCCAUGUAAAAAUGGCGGAUCAUGCACAGAAAUAAAUGGAGGAUUUGAAUGUAGUUGUGGAGUAGAAUACAGAGGACCAACUUGUGAAGAAUUAGAUCAUUGUCAUUUGAGUCCUUGUAUGAACAGCGGAACAUGUCUAGGAGGAGACAGGCCUGGAAUGAUGACAUGUUUGUGUCAGCCAGGAUAUACAGGAAAACAUUGUGAAGUGGAAAGUCGUUGCCAUGUCAACCCAUGUCAUAAUGGAGGGACAUGUUUGGAUAAUCAAGGAUCUUUUCAAUGUCUUUGUCCACAAGGAUUUACUGGUGUAAGCUGUGAAGCUGUGGUCAACCCAUGUGACUCAGAACCUUGUCUCAAUGAUGGCUCAUGUAUUAAUCUGGGGCCUAUGGUCUUUAAAUGUGCCUGUACCAGAGGAUUCAGGGGACGAACAUGUGAAACAGAGAAACAAUGUGAACCAAACCCCUGUCAAAAUGGAGGAUUUUGUCAUGAAAGUUAUACAACUGGUGACUAUAGAUGUGAAUGUCCAAAACCUUAUAAAGGAACAAACUGUGAAGAUCAUUUAAAUCCUUGUGAAAAUAGUCCAUGUUUAAAUGGAGGAACAUGCACAUCAAAUUUUGGUCUUGGUACAAAAUGCUUAUGCCCUACAGGUUAUAAAGGAAUGCAUUGCGGAGAGGAAGACCAUUGUCAUUCAUUUGUUUGUCACAAUGGUGGAUCAUGUUCUCCUGGUUUAAGUGGUGAUAAAUGUUCAUGUCUCACUGGCUUUAGUGGACCAACUUGUGAAGUUCGUUCCAAAUGUCAUCCGAAUCCUUGUAUAAAUGGUGGAACAUGCUUUGAAAAUGAUAUGGAGUUUACAUGUGCAUGUCCAGUUGGAUAUAAUGGAAAAACUUGUGAAGACUCAGCAUCGAAAAACACGUUGCUUGUCAGAGGUAUUGCAUGUGCUUCGACAAGAUGGGGCUGUUGCCCAGAUGGUGUAACGGCCGCACAAGGUCCUUCGCAAUCAGGUUGCCCAAUACAUUUUUAGUAAAGGCAAAGAUAAUCACCCAAAAAUUUGAUUUUCUACAAUCAUUACAAAGCUAUAUUGUAUGCAAACAUAAAAUUAUAUUAUAUUGACAAGAUGCAUUUAAUUUUAAUACAAAAACAACAGAGACUACUACUAAUUAAUAAAAAUAAAGAAUAGAUUGUUUUGAACACAUUA